UUGUUUAUUUUGUGAGGUUUAUGCUGCAUACAGCGCAGCAUAGAGAGUAAAGAAUUUUAAAACAUUCAUAAAAUAAAGCAAUGAUGUUGGAUUUUGAGGCCAAACGUAAUGCAUUGUUUGCCAGCCUAGAUGAUGCAAGCAAUGAACUGAAGGGUACAACUUUGGAUCAAACAAAUACCGCUAUAAACCCUUUGAAGCGCACCUCUGCCGGAGAUGUAAUGGUUUAUCGAAGUGUCAACAGAACCAAGACCAAUUCCACGGAGCGAGCUCUGAAAAAUCUUCGCGGCAAGGAGAGUAUGUUUAAGAAACCUGAAUUGCCCAUAGCCAGAUGUCUGAAGCCUAGGAAACGGCCAGAUUAUCAGGUAAAUCCACAUAAAUGGAAGAAAUAUUCCCUAGAGGAUGUUGAUAUAUCCGAUCAUACAAACACAUCGGCAGCCUUUGAAUUUCUGCGGGAAAUUGAAAGCCAAAAAGAUAUUUCACAGCCCGCCAGAGAUAUUGAUCUCAACCAAAAGAUUGAAUUUAAGAAAUCCAGCAAAAUACGACGUAAUCUCAAGUCGUUGGAAGAACAGGAACAACAAGAUGCAGAAAUCGAUUCGCCCAAGUUAAAGGGUACCAAGCUGGUAAUGCCUGAAUAUGUGGUGGGAUCAAAGAAACCUAAAAAUCUUAAUGCUAAGGUUAAAAACAACAGGGAGAGAGCCGCUGGGAACUUGACUUUGUCGCAUUUGCAAGAAGAGGAGGAGGAAGAGGAAGAUUAAGAACAAAUUUGCAUUAAGUUUGUAUGAUAUCGAUAUUAAUUUUAUGUAACUUCUGGCUCUGGCAUGGCUCGUAAUGGAGGGCAUGCCAUAAUCUUGUAUUUAAAAAAUCAGUCGCGAUGUAUAGAAUAAGAAAAAUCUUAAGUAGUAUGUACCAAACAA